GCGCCACCUGUGGGUGGGAGCAGGUAUGACGCGGGACUAACUGUGUCCGCAGGUAAGAGACAAACACUGGAGGCUCUGCUCCACACGACUUUUCCUUCACUCUCCUUUUCCACGGGAGAACAGGACGCGUGUGUCUGCGCGGUGCCCGAGUCCGGCGCUUCUCCUUCAGGUGUGUGAAGCGUGCGAGUCGCUGGAAGUCGAGUCACCUGGGGAAAAAAAACCUGUGGGCGGCAAAGAGACGUUUCGAUUUUCUCCCGUUGAAACAGUGGCACGGGGAAGUUUUCUCCCCGAGACUUCCGCGGUUUGCUCGCUGGACGAGUUGCCUGGAGUGAGAGACAACCGCCGCUGUUUCCUCUUAUGCGGUAAAUUCAUAAUCUGGUCCCGGGCACUCUGAGCCAUGCCUGGCCACAGCACAGGGGCUCCCCAGGCGUCCCGCCACCACAAACACCACAGCUCCAGCUCCAAGGCAGACAAGUACAGGCAGACCCGGACGAUAUCCAGGGAGAGCCAAGAGUCCUACAAGGAUCCUCAUGGGGAGCAUCUACACGAGCCCCACGCCGACCACUCCCGGUAUCCAGAGAACAAGUACGGCCGCAGCAGGGGCCACGCACGAAACGGCACGCCCCGGGGCUCUGAGACUAUAGGAUUUAUCCCUGGGUCGGCAGACAACACGCCUGUCACCAGACAUGCCUGUGGCUCCUGUGCCUCUAUGGGCUGGAGCAGCUGCAAGGCUCUUAUCUGCUGUGUACUAACCUGUGGAUUUUACGGCAGCCGGGAGCCCUGCCUGCCUGUUAACGAGAGCUCCACAGACCAUCCCCCUAAGAUGAGCAGCGAGCCUCACCCUACUAAUCGCAUGGCCGUGUCCAACCCCACCUGUGGCAUUCCUCUGGAGUCGAGCAAAGUCACCAAAGCCUCCAAAUUGCCCACAAGUGACAGCUUCCGCUACCCUGAUGUGCGCAUCGCAGGCCAGACGGUCAGGUAUCCGGUUGCUGCCCCCAAACGGACCCGUGCGCCGGGCAAAGGGGAGAGCGACCGGCCGGUCAGCAACACCAGCCUGUUAUCCCGGGAGGACUAUGACCUGGACGACCUGAGCGACACGGGCACAGACAUUGACUCGCUCAUCACCAAGAAGCUACUGGAGCUGUACGCCCUGCACCAGAUCGACCAGCUGGCCAAGUGCACCUCGGACUCGUCCUUCUCCCGCAAGACCAUCGAGAUCAGCGAGCUCAUCUACAGCAUCGCUCAGGAUUACAACCUGGAGGAGCAGGAGGCCGAGUGCAAGCUGGUGCAUGGAGUCAUUCGCAUCAGCACGCGCAAGGGCAAGAGGAACAAGAGCCAUCAGUCCACAGGGCAGCGUCCGAAUGGGAGGAGCGACGGGACCCUCCCUGACAGUGGCAACGAGACCAUGACCAACACCUUCGUUAGCAGUGACUUUCCAGAGGUGAAGGUGUCGGAGCAGACGCCGUCGGACGAGCUGGCGAGGAAAAUGAGACAUUACAGCGGGAAAACGUACUCCAGCACCACCACAGCCUACUCGCCCUACCACCAGGACACCAACUCUUCGGGCACCCCUCUGCUCCUCUGAGGGGCAGCACAGAAGAACAAGUACCUACGCUGACGAGGGAUGGAGCCGACACGAUGGACAAUUGAACCCCUCUGCUGUCAUUUAUGCUGUUACUGAGUGGAGCAGCUUUUGGGCUGUUGUACUCCUCCUUUUAGUGGUCUAAUGUUUCGUUAAAAUUCAAGGACGUUUAAUGUUUCCAGCAAAUGUGCCACUGAGGAAACUUCUUUUUGAAUACAAGGAAAGACAAAGUGUUUAUGUAUUAGUACGCAGUAUUUGGAGCUGUUUUCAGAAAAAGAGACGUGACUACACUCCGUGCAGUCUUAGCAGUCAAUGUAACCGUCCUCAUUCUUGCCUGUGAUUGUUUUUGCAAGCCGCUGCGCAUGCACCGUAGGUGCGGGUUUAUUGACUACUGCCAUUUAGACUCCUUAGAGACAUGUUUUGAUCUGAAAACUGUGUUGUUAAGCCAUAUUUUUUUGGGAUGUACAUAUUUUUAAAGUCCAUGUUACUUCCUGGGUUGUUAAACCAUGUGUAGCAUUUGGCCACAGCUUUUUUUUUAUUCUCGAGAUAAGUGCUGUUUUUAACUAAAUAAAAUCUCCGUGCUUGUUUA